AUGGCGCGUGGUAAUCAGCGUGACAAAGCUCGUGAAAAGAAUCUGAAGGAUCAAGCCGGCAAGAAAGCCAAGAAUACACAAUCUGGCACAGAAUUUGCCCGAACGAAGGAGGACCAGGCUGCGAUUAUGCGGGCCAAACAGGCCGCUGGUACGUCCACCCCAGGAUGCGCGUCGAUCCGCUACCCAGUUCCGGCGGCGCAUGAAUAUCAAAGCAACAUCCGGAUAUGCUGA